UGUAACACCAUGAUUUUCUGUGGGUGGACUCCUGCAGGCCUUCCUGGGCCAAGAGGGUGCUCUGAUACAUAUUUCAUUCCCACCUCUCGCCCCGCAGGAUCUAAGAGGAUGGAGCCAAAUACCUGCAAGGCCAGGGAAUCAGAGGAAGACGAUGCUGAGGAGAAGGAAUCCCAGGAGGAGGGUGUUAAAGGGGAAGCUACCAUCCCUGCUAACCCUUCUCAGCAGGCACCCUCAAAGUCCGACUAUAAGGCUUUGGGGACUGGAGUUCCCUUAUCCAUUGUAGCCAAGAAAAUUCCAAAGAAAAUCAUAGCCCCCGCUGAUUCCGAUGACUUGGAACUUGGGAGGAGAAAGAGAAGGCGGAAACGCAGACCCCUGGCCAUCAACCUGACCAGCUGCAAGUAUGAGAGUGUGCGUCGGGCAGCACAAACGUGUGGCCUGAAGGAGGUGGGGGAUGACAAAGAAUGGACCGUGUACUGGACGGACUGCUCUGUCUCACUGGAACGAGUCAUGGACAUGAAGAGGUUUCAGAAAAUCAACCACUUUCCUGGCAUGACAGAAAUCUGCCGCAAAGACUUGCUAGCUCGGAACCUCAACCGCAUGCAGAAACUCUAUCCUACUGAGUACAACAUCUUCCCCCGCACCUGGUGCCUCCCGGCAGACUAUGGGAACUUCCAGUCCUAUGGCCAUCAGCGAAAAACCCGCACCUACAUCUGCAAGCCAGACAGCCGCUGUCAGGGACGUGGUAUCGUCAUCACCCGAAAUCCCCGGGAGAUCAAGCCAGGAGAACAUAUGAUCUGCCAGCGAUACAUCUCCAAGCCCUUCCUCAUUGAUGGCUUCAAGUUUGAUAUGCGAAUCUACGUCCUGAUCACAUCCUGCGACCCUGUUCGGAUCUUCAUGUAUGAGGAGGGCCUGGCCCGCUUUGCCACUCUGCCCUACACGGAGCCCAGCCAUAGCAACCUGGACGACAUCUGCAUGCACCUGACCAACUACUCUAUCAACAAACACAAUGAGAAUUUUGUCCAGGACGAUGCUAUGGGCAGUAAGAGGAAGCUGUCGAUGCUCAAUGCCUGGCUGCAAGAACACACCUACGAUCCCCGAGAGCUGUGGCGGAACAUCGAGGACAUUAUCAUCAAAACCGUCAUUUCGGCCCAUUCCGUUCUUCACCACAACUACCGAACCUGUUUUCCCCAGUAUCUGAGUGGAGGUACAUGUGCCUGUUUUGAGAUCCUUGGUUUUGACAUCUUGCUAGACCACAAGCUGAAGCCCUGGCUGCUGGAGGUAAACCACUCUCCAAGCUUCACCACAGACUCCCGCCUUGAUCAGGAAGUGAAGGAUGCACUUCUCUGUGACACCAUGACCCUAGUCAACCUGCGGGGCUGUGACAAAAGGAAGGUGAUGGAGGAGGACAAGCGGCGAGUCAAGGAGCGGCUUGUCCAGUGCCACCAACAGCCACGAGAAGCCAGAUGCUCCAGGCGAGAACAAAUCGAGUUGUCACACGCAGCAAUGCUGGACCAGGAACAUUACGAGGAUUGCCAUCUUGAGGGAUACCGGCGGAUCUACCCAGGGCCUGACACAGAGAAGUACGCACCCUUCUUCAAGCACGACGGCUCACUCUUCCAGAAGACUGCUGCUUUCAAGGCCAGAGAGGACUGUGCUGGGCAGCAACUGGAAGAGAUCCGUCUUAAGCAGGAACAGCAGGAGACCUCAGGCAAUAAGAGGCGAAAAGAAACCAGGGACCAGAACCAGGGCGAAUCAGCUGGGGAGAAGAGCCGACCCAGCGCCAGGCUCCGGGGCCUGUCCACCCACUUGGCCCACAGGAGCCGGAACCGGGGGAGAGAGCGGCUACCAGUUCCCCUGGACACCAUGCAGCCUCAAGAAAUUGUGGAGGAGGAGGAGCGGGAGCGGAUGAAGGCCCUGCUACAGAGGGAGAAUGUCAUCUGAAGCCUGGGUGUUGCAGAGCAGCUCACCCGCAUGCUGCGCCCCAGCCACCAGGGCCAGGAAAACCUUCAUGAGUAUCGGUCUAGAUUUCACAAAGAUGGGCUGGGCAGUCAAGAACCGCAAUCUGUGAGUCUGGUCCCACUGGUCCUCCUGAGAGGAGCUGCCAAAGAGCAGGGACCUCAUUUCCUGCAUCCAGUUCGGCCCCACAAAUUGAGCCCCAGGAUCUUAGGGCCACUGCCAAGCAUGAAUACUACAAUUCCACAUCACUCCUCGUGCCAUCUACAGCCCAAGAACUUCAGUUGGGUAGGAGAUUCAGCAGCUCUCAGCCCCUGUUCAUUGUCAAUGAAGAAAUCUGGAAGGCGCCAUUUUUCCAGCACCAGAAUCAGGCUCACUAGCCAUAAGUAUGCAAGCAGAAGGCCAGAAGCCAUAAACGGAGCCCCGGCAGGAUCACUGCCACCCUGUUUAACUCCAAAGCAGCGCUAUUUUCUGCACCCGGAAAGAAUGGCAAGUGGCUCAUGGACUGAAUGCACCUUGCCGCCUGUGGUAGGCUCUGAACACCGAGCAGCCGGAGUCCGGGAUCUCACCCUCCGUCCUGCCUCCGCUGGACCCCUGCUGCAGUGUCCCACUGCGGCCCUCAAUGCCAGCCGCCACGGGUGAACGCGGGGACGGGGCCCAGCUCUCGGCCUCCCUCGGAGAACCCGCUCAAGUUUCCAAAGGGGCAAAGGGCCUUCAAUCUUUGCUAAAUUAAACUGCCACAAAACCUCAGUUUGAAAAGCCCUGGCCAAGGACCUUGUUUGCAGAAGGCAAAACGCAAAGACACCAAAGAAUAUCUCAAUAUUCAAGAUUAUUUUCAGAUGGGUAAAGACUAAAAAUGAAGAGCCACGGCCAGCCAUGUCCUCAUCUCCGCCCUUCAAACCUCAGUCUGAACACAUCGCUGGGU